UAACGUGGAAAAAAAUCGAAUGAGCUUUCUCUCGUGUGUAUAUACUAAUCCAUGGUAUGUGUUUCAUGUACAAAUACAAGUAACACAUGGGCGAAACGUCGUGCGCAGUAUCGGAGGCGGGGGCAGACAGUUAGUGAUAAAAUUCCGUGGUGUCCACAUGUUUGUAAAAAAAAGGAAAUUCUUCGCUCACUCACUGGUUUAUUAAUAACUCCAGUGGUGAUUCACCGAGUGCCACCCAGUGCUACGUGUUCCUCAGUUCUGAAUAAUUAGCCUCAUUAAUAAAAAAAUUAAUUUUAAACGAGUUGGAGUAAGUGAAAGUAGUGACGAUGGAGUCGACGGAGGCUGACGAUAAUUUCGACGCCAAUAAACGCAUCGAACGUUCACCCAUGGAGGAUCACGAUGUCCAGGACAUGAAGAGGAAAACUAGUAUUUUCAAGUAUUACUCAUUUAAAUCCACAGACACAUUGCCAGGUUCUCUCAAGAGAGCUGGACCCCUUAUUGGAGUGCUUGAUGUUGGAACUAGGACUAUUCGGUUUGUGGUGUUCAAUGCAAAACGAGUGGCUGAAGUUGCGUGUCACUCCAUCGAUAUUGAGCUUCUGAAUCCACAAGAGGGAUGGGCUGAACAGGAUCCCAAGGAGAUCCUCUUUGCUGUCAAAGCCUGCAUUAAAGAUGUUAUCAAACAGUUGGAGAGACUUGGGUUUAGUGUCAGCGAAAUUGUCUCCAUUGGUAUUACUAAUGCCAGAGAAACUACAAUAGCUUGGGAUUCAAUUACUGGCGAAGCUCUGUACAAUACAAUUGUUUGGUCUGACAUCCGGACUGACUCUAUGGUAGAUCAGAUAAUAGCGAAAUUUCCUGAUCAGAGUAAAAAUCAUUUGAAGCCACUCUGUGGUCUACCAGUGAGUCCGUACUUCUCAGCAUUGAAGAUCCGAUGGCUCAAGCAAAAUGUGCCAGCUGUCAAAAAAGCCAUGAGGGAUAAGAGGUGCAAAGUGGGGACAAUGGAUACUUGGAUAAUAUGGAACUUGACUGGCGGAAAAGAGAAUGGCCUUUACAUAACAGACGUGACGAAUGCCUCACGAACAAUGUUGAUGAACAUCGAAACGCUUGCGUGGGAUCCAACUCUAUGCAGAUACUUCGACAUUCCCAUGAAACUCUUGCCGGAAAUUCGAAGUAGUUCAGAAGUUUACGGGAGGAUAACAGUGGGUCCCCUCGAAGGUAUUCCAAUAUCCGGGAUUCUGGGCAAUCAACAAGCGGCACUCGUCGGCCAAAAUUGUCUGAAAAAGGGUCAAGCGAAGAAUACCUACAGAAGCGGAUGUUUUCUUCUGCUCAACACUGGAACUACACGAGUCUAUUCUUCUCACGGUUUGGUAACGACAGUGGCAUACAAAAUGGGUCCGAACAGUCCAGCAGUUUAUGCCCUGGAAGGGUCAGUGGCUGUUGCUGGGGCAGCUAUAAAAUGGCUUCGUGAUAAUUUAAAACUCAUAAAAAAUGUCAGCGAGAGUGAGGACUUGGCACAGAGUGUCUUCAGCACUGGAGACGUUUACUUCGUACCUGCAUUCAAUGGUUUAUAUGCUCCAUAUUGGAGGAAAGAUGCGAGAGGAAUUAUUUGCGGUUUAACCGCAUUUACAACCAAACAGCACAUAAUACGAGCGUCAUUGGAAGCUGUCUGCUUUCAAACGAGAGAUAUUUUAGAAGCAAUGAAUAAAGACUGCGGUUUUCCAUUAACGAAAUUACAUACCGAUGGGAAAAUGUCAACGAAUAAUCUGUUAAUGCAAUUGCAGGCUGAUCUGUGUGGUAUACCAGUGUUUCGCUCGAAAAUGCCAGAUAUAACGACACUAGGAGCUGCUGUGGCUGCUGGACAAGCUGAAGGUAUUGAAGUCUGGGACUUGGAGGGAGAAGAAGUUGAAACUGUACCUUCAGACACAUUUCUACCCACGACAACCCCUGAAGAACGAGAUGCAAGAUACAAGAAAUGGAAAAUGGCUGUUCAGAGAAGUUUAGGAUGGGCAGCAGUAAAGAUGUCGGAUCAAAUGACAGAUGAGAGGUACAGGAUAUUGGCAUCUAUCCCAGCCAGUUGGUUCAUAAUGUCGAGUUUUAUUCUUCUACGAUUGAGUUACUACUUCGAAAAUCGGUGACAAUGUUCAGUGGAACUGACACGUGCUUGAACUGUCGAGCACAAUCUUAGAGUUGAAAUUUUUUUUAUAGAUUCACAGUAAAAAAAAACACAUCAAGGGUUUAUUCAGAUAGAAAAUAAUUGUACCACUCUAGUGACUGCCUUUUUAUGGCCGAGAGCAGUCCAGUUCAACCAUGCCUUUGCCUGUAAUUUUACGUUAUUGAUCAAUUAAUUUGAUUUUACCUCUGAUAGGAUUUGACGCACUCCAAGUUCGGUGCAUCAACAAUCUGCGAUUAUUCUUUCGCGACAUUUUCGUACUUAAAUAUUUAUUCAGCUAUUCAACAUUUUUUUUUAAUCAAUUUACUCAUUUUUUGAUGACUGUUAUAUUAUCAUUCAAUGCAUGAACUUGCCAUAUGCUCAAUUCUACGGUUAAUGUAUCUUUUAGUUAUUUAUAGCUGUAAUAUCCGUCGUAGUAUUCAAGUGAAAAAUGAUUGGAUUUUUGUGCUGAUUUUAAACGCACGCGCGCACUGCAAAUUUAUUUUUGAAUCAAGUUUUUUUGCCGGUUAAUUUGGAAAAAAAGGUUGAAAUUACGGGGUAGUUUUUGAAGUACUUAUUUCUGACGUACAGAUUUUCAACGAAACGUUUACUGAAUCUGUGUGUCCUCACUCAUGAACUCUGCUAUUCAAGCCUUGCAGUGUCUUUCAAAAUUGAGAAAUAUACAGAAUGUAUUUUGAAGGACAACUAAUGAAUAAAAGUUACAA